GCCGCGCGUUAGUAGAAGUAUAUUUGUAGGUACUACUACUCGUGUAAGAGUGGCGCCAUCUGCUGUCAAAAGUUUUGGACCAUCUUCAUUCAGCAGAAGAUUCCAGACCAUCUACCAAGGAUAAAGAAUACGGCAGACAGACAAAAAUUGAAUUCGCCGUAUUAUUGAGAUUUAUCAUUGAAAACUCCACGAUCAUGCCGUUCAGAUGGCAUAAGGGCAAAUUUAUGUGCUUCUACUGCUGCGAGAUGUUUGAUCUGAGCUCCCAACUGAAGGAACAUACCUCAAACCAUCCCGGUGUCGAUAUCGCCGAGCUUUUACUCAGAUGUGUCUACAGUCACAACAGAACGAAACUAGACUUCUCGGAUGCAUGGUGCACUAUUUGCCCGAAGGAAAUCGAAAACUUCGAAGACUACCUCGCUCAUAUAUAUGAACACCACGAUUUGGAGUUCGAAGAAACCGCCAUUAGACCGUUCGACGAGUUUAAAUUGUCAGACGACUGCAUAAAAUGCUCUGAAUGCGAGGAGACCUUCAAAAACUUCUCUACACUGCAGUACCAUAUCCACAAAACGCACGUCAACGUUGACAUCGGGAGAUACCUUUGCGAGGUUUGCGGAAAGGCAUUCACAAAAUUGACGAAUGUGGACAACCAUGUAAAACAGACUCACAGCGUGCAAAAAUGCAAGAAAUGCAAACAAACUUUCCCAUCGAGGUAUGCUUUAGACGCACACGUUGACAGCGUGCACAAAAAAGAUGCAUUAAAAUGCCCAUUGUGCCCCAAAAUUCUGGGUACUAGAUACUUGAAAAGACGCCACUUAGCCCUGGUGCAUGAUCACAAGAGUGCGCAAUUAGCAUGCGAUAUUUGCUCAAUGAUAUUCACCAGGAACUGCAAACUGCAGAUGCACAAACGCAGAGUGCAUUACAAGGAGAAGAACAUGACGUGCGAGGUAUGCGGCUACGUGGCAUUCAAUAUGGAAUCUUUAAAACGUCAUAUGGUCAGCCACGAUGACUGGAGACCCUUCCAAUGCGACAUUUGCCAGAAGACGUUCCAAAGAAAACCAACAUUAAAAAUGCAUUUAAAAACACAUUCGUAGUAAGCUAACUGCGAUGGUAGCGAUAAUGGGGACGAUUCAUUUACAAAUAAUAUAUUAAAUAAUACCGAAACAUCCGUUAUUAUCUAAAAGUUGGCAUUACGUGAUCCUUGAUCAUACGUUUGACGUAGAUUAUUAUUAUAUUUUACUAAAUAAUCUUCCAAAUACGCUACGCUAAUACAAAUACAAUAAAAAUACAAUAAUGCUAAUACUGAAAAAUGCCAAGAUUUAUUUUAAUUUUAGAUACAGAGAGUCUACCAUGAAAUUUCGAAUGUUCGAACUUAUUUUCAUGUUUUUGUACGUACCGAAAUCGGCCCAGUAAAUGGAGCUUAAUAUACCAUUCGUCACAAAUCCUAACAUAAUAUGUCUAUGUAUAUAUGUAUAUGUAUUAUCGUAUACAGAUAUGUAUUUAUUUUAAUUUUAAUUGUAUGAGUUACUUAUAUAUGUCAACAUAUUUCAUAAUUUUUUAAUAGAAACAUCUAUAAGGUUUCCGUCUAUUAUUGUACGCAUACUGCCCGCUAAUAAUUAAUGCUCCUUUCUACUCAGGGUUUGCUGGAAGAGAACUCUAACAGAGUUAAGCUCGCCUGUUGUACAU